CUGUUUUUUUUUUCAACAGCAAAAUCAUAAACUGUCUGAUUGUCAUAGUUGGAUAACUUACACAGUGAAUGUCAAUUAAUAAAAUUAAACCAGAGAUGGAGACAAGUACUGCAAAAGAGGUUGCAGAAGGAAAAAACAGACAUCAGGUUGUGCAAGGGGAUAAUGGUGGGUGUGUAGGCUUCUGUGGAUGGAUCCUGAUAAGCUUUUCCAUGUUAAUAAUCCUCGUGACAUUCCCCAUAUCCAUCUUCUUCUGUUUUAAGGUUGUACAGGAGUAUGAGAGGGCUGUCAUCUUUCGUCUUGGGCGUAUUGUUAAAGGGGGAGCAAAAGGACCAGGUAUGUUCUGGAUCAUUCCUUGCCUAGACACAUUUCACCGUGUUGACUUGAGGACAGUGUCAUUUAAUAUACCUCCUCAGGAAGUUUUAACAAGAGACUCUGUUACUAUAAUGGUGGAUGGUGUUGUGUUUUACCGCACUUUCAAUCCCACAGUUGCCAUCACAAAGGUGGGGAAUGCUGACAUGGCCACACAAAUGCUUGCUCAAACAACACUAAGAAACAUGCUGGGAACAAAGAACCUCUCGGAGAUCCUUACUGACAGAGAGGAGAUGGCUGACCAGAUGGAGCAUGUGUUAUAUGAUGCAUCAAAGGAGUGGGGCAUCAAAGUGGAGAGAGUCGAACUAAAGGAUGUCAAACUCCCCCAGUCUAUGCAGAGAGCAAUGGCUGCUGAAGCUGAGGCAUCACGAGAAGCAAGAGCAAAAGUGAUUGCAGCAGAAGGGGAGAUGAAUGCCUCUCGUGCACUGAAAGAGGCUGCCAUGGUGAUGGCUGAGGCCCCUUCAUCCAUGCAGCUCCGCUACCUGCAGACCUUGACUGAGAUUGCCUCGGAAAGGAACUCCACCAUUGUGUUCCCAAUUCCUAUUGAUUUAAUGACGGCAUUUUUCAAGCAGAAAUGAAUUGUUUGUCACCUACGGUCAACUUACUAGGAAGUUCUGUGUGUUGUUUGGUUGUCUUAGAGAUUACAAUUGAUGAUAAAUUAAUUUUGUAAUUAAUGUUCUUUAUUCCUAAUUUUAAAUCCAGAUAGUUAAUUAUACUCAACCUUUGCAACAUACAUUGUUUUUUAAUUCCUGUAAAAAUGUUAUCAAAUUAAAAUCUAAUUAAUUUUGGCCAGUUUGGGUUUACAUGUAAUUUUAGGCAGGGGAAUUCUCUUUUAACAUUCAAAUGACCUAAGCAAUAUUAAAAUGUGGGAGAGUA